UGAAGAGAGCAGGGGCCGGAUCUUGAGGCGGCUGAGUGACGGGCGGAGGCGCCGCCUACCGGACCGCCCGGCUUGGAGCAGGUUGUGAGCGGCGGCCGAGACCAGAGGAUGUGGGCCCCACGCGCUCUGCUCGGCUCCCCCGCGCUCGGCACAGUACUGACUCGAUCUGUUUUCACUGCAAGGAAACCUGACUACACAAAUCCAAACUGGAUACGAGUUGGCUUAGCCUUUGGAAGCACAAUAGCACUCUGGACUCUGCUCUUCAAGCAACAUGAUCAGGAUGUUCAAGCAUACAAAACACACCAUGACAUCAAAUAACUGUCUGCCAUUGUACAAUGACUUAUUAAAUCCUGAACGCAUUGGAUUUGUUGUUUAGUACCUUGACUUCAGCACCUUGAGAAGGGGAUCAUGAUUUAGUCUGGACGACAACUGACUGGACAUACAAGAAUUUAACCUAAUCCUAUCUUUGUGUGUUUCACAUUUACUAACUUCACAUUACUGCUCAUUGUUUUAGUUUGAUAAUUCAUCUAUGCUGAAAGGUUUUCAUGUCUUUGAUUUACAAUGAGAAAUGAAAUGGAGAUUUAAAUAAAAAAACACAAUAGUAAUGUUAUGUGGGCCAUGGCCACCUGUAAUAGAUCACUAAAUGGUCAUAUCAGGUCUUUGAUAUAAUUUUCCUUUUUAAAGUUGAAGGCAUAAACUUUUUUCUUUCAGGAAAUAAUUAAUUGAAGAAGUGCAUGAGUGGUGCAAAAUUAAUCGGCAGAAAACCGACACCAACUAUUCAAACGUAACAAUCCGAAUGAUGAUUCAUUCUGUAUUAAGUAGAAAUUGUCUGUUUACUUCUGGUGUUCCUCACACAUUAUUAACAUUAGAAUAACUUAUGAAAAAUGAGGUUGCAGCCCUGUGUUGUAAAAUGUGCCUGUGAUAAUUAAAUGCAAUAGAAGAUCAAA